AUGCCACCCGGACUCUCCGCCAUGAGGUCUCCGUCUCCAUCUUCAAGUAGCACACUUCCCGUGCACGCAAGCACACAUGGUCGCCCGUCUCACUCGCCAGCAGACGACGCUCCAUUUAGUCUGUCUCUCAGGUCUCUAGCCGAGAUCGUUUCCUCAAAGAGCAUAGCUGAACUGAAGGCACUUGGUGGACUCGAUGGACUUGGCCGCGCCUUACAAACUGAUUUAUCGGCUGGGUUGUGUGAGGAUUUGGCAGUAUCUGAUGACGCAGAUCUGUGGCGACAGGAUGAAUCCCAGAAUCGACACAAGUCUCGUAUCGAGGUGUACGGAGUGAACAAAAUACCGGCCAAGAAAACGAGAAACAUCCUCCAGCUCAUGAUUAUUGCUCUCAGCGACAAAGUUCUGGUGUUACUGUGUAUCGUCGCGGCAAUCUCAUUAAUACUCGGCUUGUAUCAGACCUUCUUUCAACAGCAUUUGCCUGGACAACCGCGCAUUGAAUGGAUAGACAGCCUGACUAUCAUGGUGGCGGUUCUCAUUGUCGUGGUGACUGGUGCAGUUAAUGAUUACCAAAAAGAGAAGCAAUUCGCUCGUCUUGUCAAAAAGACGGACGAUCGGGUCGUCAAAGCAAUACGGUCGGGACGCCCAACAGAAAUAUCUGUCUUUGAUAUACUUGUUGGUGACAUCCUUCACAUAUCGGCCGGAAGCUUGAUACCCGCCGACGGUGUCCUCGUUACAGGAUUCUCGGUUCGAUGUGAUGAAUCUUCCAUCACUGGUGAGGCAGAUCAUGUCAGGAAACUCCCGUACGGCGAAUUACGAGGGCCGGAUACCAGUGAAACUAGGAAAGGCACUGAUCCGUUCAUCAUCUCUGGCAGCAAAGUACUAGAAGGAACGGGAACUUACUUGGUGACCGGCGUCGGAAUUAAUAGCAUGCAUGGCCGGCUGAAGAUGGAUGUCACAGAGAGGACGGAAACCACACCACUACAAAAUAAGCUGAGCGGCAUUGCAGACAGAAUCGCCUUGGCUGGAAUAUCCGUCUCCUUCCUGCUAUUUGGAGUGCUCACGGUAAAGAUUUUGGUCCAACUACCUGGGACGAGCCUGACACCCGUUGAGCUUGUCCAGAGGUUCCUCCGCACAUUCAUGAUAUCGAUUAGUAUCAUUGUUGUCGCUGUUCCCGAAGGCUUACCCCUGGCCGUCACUCUAGCCCUCGCAAUUGGAGUCACGCGGAUGCUCAAGGAUAACAAUCUUGUUAGAGUGCUUGCGGCAUGUGAAACAAUGGGCAAUGCGACGGUGGUGUGUUCCGACAAAACUGGAACACUCACACUGAACAAAAUGACUGUCACGGCCGGCCAGGUAGGCUUAGAAGGAUCCUUUGAAGAGUUAGAGCGCCACACAAGAGCAGACGCAAACGAAACAACCCGAGCGGAUGAAGUGAACUGCGGAAGCAAAGGAGACAUGUCGCCUGAGGCGUUUCGCUCAUCAAUGGAUCCGCAGGUUCGGGAUACUUUGAUACAAUCAAUCGCCAUUAAUUCAACUGCUUUAGAAGGACAGGUUGAUGGGGUGACAACUUUUCUUGGAUCAAGCACUGAAGUUGCACUUUUGGACUUUGCUCGAACGUGGCUAGGGAUGCGGCCAUUGCAAGAGGAGAAGGCUAAUUCACAAAUCUUGCAAAUAUGUCCGUUCGACUCGACGAGAAAAUACAUGGCCACGGUGACAAUGCGGAACAAUGGUUCGUACCGGGUAUAUUUAAAAGGAGCCCCGGAAGUACUCUUACGAAAAUGUGACCGAAUUCUGUACAAUGCAACGAUGCCAUUAGCGGAAGAUGCGGCCAUGACACCUGAUCGCUAUCAAUCGGUGCUUGAUGCUGUUGAAACCUACGGUGAGCUAGCACUACGAACCAUCGCGUUCGCAUACAAAGAUUUGCCUUCCUGGCCACCAGCAAAUGCACCCAGAGUGGACGACGUGUGGCAACAUAUUCUCAACGAUAUGACGUUCCUUGGCAUUUUGGCGAUUCAUGAUCCUCUCAGACCUGAUGUCAGCGCUGCCAUAUCCCAGUGCAAGCAAGCAGGUGUAUCGGUAAGAAUGGUAACUGGCGAUAAUGUCCAAACUGCGCAAGCCAUUGCGAGAAGUUGUGGUAUUCUAGACGAUACUGGAGCGGUCAUCGAAGGACCUCAAUUUCGUAACUUAUCAACAUCCGAGAUGUAUGCGCUGCUUCCUCGUUUGCAAGUUCUGGCUAGAUCCAGCCCAGAGGAUAAGAAGCUGCUUGUUAGCCGAUUCAAGGAAUUAGGUGAGACUGUAGCUGUCACUGGAGAUGGAACCAACGAUGGGCCUGCACUUCGGACGGCGGAUGUUGGCUUCUCGAUGGGCAUAUCCGGCACGGAUGUCGCGAGGGAGGCAUCAUCCAUUGUUCUAAUGGAUGAUAACUUCUCGUCAAUUGUAAGAGCCAUUGAAUGGGGGAGAAGUAUCAACGACGCUAUCAAGAAGUUCCUUCAUUUUCAACUCACGGUCAACAUUACCGCCGUGACUCUCACUUUCGUAUCAGCCAUCGCCAGCGACACAGGUGAAUCAAUACUAUCACCUGCCCAAUUGCUUUGGGUCAAUCUCAUCAUGGAUACCUUCGCAGCACUAGCUCUUGCGACAGACCCUCCAAGCCCAUCAGUUCUUCAAAGAGCACCAGAUACCAAGGCAACACCAUUAAUAUCCCGUACAGGAUGGAAAAUGAUUAUUGGGCAGGCUAUCUACCAACUUGUUGUGAUUUUGGUACUCAGCUUCAAGGGAGCUGAUAUUCUGAAGCACAUGCGACCUGGCGAGGCAACCACUUUGGAAACCUUUGUGUUCAACACAUUUGUUUGGAUGCAGCUGUUUAACUUGUACAAUAACCGCCGCUUGGAUAAUAAGCUCAACAUAUUUGAGGACAUUCACAGAAACCCAUAUUUUAUUGGGGUAAACAUCGUGAUAAUCACGAGCCAAGUUCUCAUCGUGACAAUUGGUGGGAGUGCGCUGUCAACAACACCGCUUUCAAUUCAAGAAUGGACAUUAUCUGUUCUUCUUGGUGCGUUGUGCAUGCCUGUCGCUGUGCUCAUACGCAUUGUCCCCGAUGAUUUUGCCACAAGAAUGUCGCCAUACAGGUGGUAUAUGCGUCUUCGGAAACCGCGACAGCCCGACACAUCGGGAGACAAGCAAUGGUAUUCCACUAUAGAGCUUAUACGCAGCGAGUUAAUAGGGUGCACACAGCCGCGUGAUUCUAGAUGGGGAGACAUGAUUUGGACAGUAUCAAAGUACUGGCGACGGACGGAUCCGGAAGUUCACGGUGAGACGCGACAGUUUGAUAACGAGAGGACACCAUUGCGUCCAAAGCAGCAUAGGGAUUUCAAGAAUAGUAGAAGAGGCUCUGUAUGUGCCCCGUCAGUAGUCAUGGUCGGAAUGGUGGCAGGGGGCAUUGCGGGAUGGCCACGCCUUGAACAGGGUGAAGGCGGUUACCAGACAUUUGACGCGAAGUAG